AUGGCUGCCAACCAUCACGCCGAGUAUGACUGGAUCGAGGACGUGGAGCAACUUGAAAAAUAUCAGCCUGGAGGUUAUCAUCCUAUCAUCGUCGGUGACGUGUUACAUGACCGUUAUCAUAUUGUAGAUAAACUUGGCUUUGGGGGCUAUUCAACGGUUUGGCUUGCCCGAGAUGCUCGUCUAGAGCGAUAUGUCGCUCUCAAGGUCAACAUAUCCGAAUCGAUUCCGCGCGAGGCCAAAGUCCUCAAAGCUCUGUCUGCUCCGCCUCCGUCAUCUUCGCCGGUACAUCCCGGGUAUGGUUUAGUUCCUGUUCUCCUAGAUGAAUUCGAAGUGCAAGGUUUUAAUGGAAAACAUACCUGCUACACGGUGCCCCCUGCGCAAUGCAACCUUAGAGAUGCCGCCUUUAGCCGUCUUUUCCCCCUCGAUGUUGCUCGAGCACUAUCAUACCGAGUCGCACAGGCCGUUGCUUAUACACAUUCACAAGGCUAUAUCCAUGGAGAUAUUCAUUUAAGCAACAUUUUGGUCAAGCUCCCGUCAAGUUUUGAUAAGCUCUCUAUCAAGCAAUUCUACGAGAAAUAUGGCGAGCCCGAGAUGAUCCCUAUCACACGAUGUGAUGGAGCGCCAUUACCCCCUAAUGUUCCGGCUACGGCUACUUUGCCGCUAUUCCUAGGGAAAUAUGCCGAGAAAUUUGUAUUGUCCGACGCGCACCCGCUUCUAAGCGACUUUGGUGAAGCGUUUUCCCCUGCUUCAGAAAUACGUCUUGGGCAAGACUGUCAUACGCCAGCCGCGUUUCGGGCUCCAGAAGCCAAGUUCGAAUUGCAAAUCCCGCUCGCCUAUCCCUCGGAUAUCUGGAGUCUUGCUACCGCAAUAUGGGAGAUUAUGGGAAUAAAGUCUAUCUUUAGCGCUGAAUAUAUGCACGAGGAUGAGGUAACGGCUCAGCAAAUUGAUGUUCUCGGACCUAUGCCAUCGGAGUGGUGGCAGCGCUGGGAAGGACGACCCCAAUUUUUCGAUGACCAUGGAGAUCCAACGGAGUCUUAUAAAAGAAACAAAUGGCCUCCGCUUGAGGAAAGAUUUGAGAUCUGUAUACAGAAAUGGAGACGGAAGUUUGUUGGAAGCGAGAUUGAGGAAGACGAGAAAGCUGCGUUUCUGGAUUUGAUGCGCCGAAUGCUAUCAUUCCGGCCAGAAGAACGACCGACUGCUGAGGAGGUGUUAAUGUCAGACUGGAUGGUCAAAUGGGCAUUGCCUGAUUGCGAGCGGAGCUAA